CUGAACUUACCUUAGAAGUGAUGUUUUUUUUGUCCAAGAAAUUCAAAUAUUAUUUGCUGGCUACUUCCCCAGCACGUGCCGUCCGCUUCCAAUCACAGGGCCCCAGUGACAUUCCCCAAGAUCUCGGCAGAGACGCCUCAUCUUCAAUUAAAUUCUAACGACAACCCCGACUUGCAAACCUGCCCCUGAUAUACUCGAGAAAGCGUCAUAUCGAUGGCGAUCAGAAAAUGGCAUCCGGGCCAGCUUGGAAAGCGGCUCUGGGAGGUGGUCGAGCAAGGCUGGUAUCUGGGUUUCACAGCGUUUGGAGGCCCGCCUGUUCAUUUUAAGAUUUUCCACGAUAAAUAUGUUGAUAAAUUAGGAUGGAUUGAUGAGCAAAUGUACCAAGAGCUUUUCGCAGUCUGCCAGGCAUUUUCGGGACCCGGAAGCACAAAGAUGCUGUACUGCUUGAACCUCAUCCACGAUGGAUUCAUCCCCGCCGUCGUCGCACUACUUAUUUGGUCGCUUCCAGGUGCCCUUGGAAUGUAUGGCUUCUCAGUAGGGGUAUCCAAUAUUGGCGAAACCCUGCCUCGACAAGUGUACGCGUUGCUAUCAGGACUAAAUGCUGCAGUCGUUGGGAUCAUCGCUCUUGCAGCUGUGCAGCUUGCUCAGAAAGCUAUCACUGAUAGAAUCACCAGGAUCUUGGUGUUUCUCGGAGCCACGGCUGGCCUGAUGUACAACGCCUUGUGGUAUUUUCCAUUGCUGAUGUUGCUUGGUGGGAGUGCUUCUGUUAUAUUCGACUACCGAUUACUUCAUCCCGCUGUCAAGUGGGCCAUAAAUCUCAGACAAAGGAACACUGCAGCAAAUGAGGAGAAUGGAACAGGAUUACCGACUCUUGUAUCGCAGCCUACGACAGGAAAACCUGGAGAUGACAUCGAAACAAUAGCACAAGAGCCAUCUAGCUCAGCGGCAGGCACCAACAAGACAAUGUCGCGAGUAGAGGAUCCCUCUAAUGAAAGACAAGAACCUCGAAUCAUCCCCACCGCUCGAUCAAUCAACAUCUCCUGGCAAUUCGGUACCGUAAUCCUGGUGGCUUUCGCCAUUGCAUUCAUCAUAAUCAUGGUCCUUCGCGGCACGCUCCCCAACAAACCCAUCCUCUUCCAACUCUUCUCCAACAUGUUUCUCGCCGGUACCAUCAUCUUUGGCGGAGGUCCCGUCGUCAUUCCUCUACUGAGAGAAUAUGUGGUAUCAGAAGGCUGGGUCACGCCUCGGGACUUCCUUCUCGGUCUCGCCAUUAUCCAAGCCUUUCCAGGGCCAAACUUUAACUUUGCUGUAUAUUUGGGAGGUCUGACGGCCGUCUUUGGAGGUCACAAUGCCGCUGUGGGUUCUUUACUGGGGUAUCUUGGUAUCUUUCUUCCCGGAAUUGUGACUGUUCAUGGAACGAUGGGGAUUUGGAGUGCUAUUCGAGAGAAGCGGUGGGUGAAGAGUGCGUUGAGGGGUGUGAAUGCUGCGGCUGUUGGACUUAUCUAUACCGCUGUGUAUAGGCUGUGGCAGAUUGGGUUCAUUGAUGAAGGUUUUGAAGCUGGCAAAAGCUUAGGCGACGAUCCUUGGUGGGUGGUGGUGGGUGUGACCAGUUACGUUGGUGGGAUGUGGUUCAAUGUCAGUGCCCCUGUGGCCAUUGUAUUAGGAGCAGUGAUGGGGUUGAUUCGGUAUGCCGUUGUCAAUUCGUAACUCUAACACCGAAAUGAUUGGAGAAUGAAUAGAUGCGGAAACUUGAUACUGAAUAUCUGUCUUUGAUAACAACCUCACUGCUAGACGACUCAUAUUUUCAACGUUACAGACAAGAAUUGUAGGAUGAGACGUCACCUGGGAGUUUAUUGAUAUUAUUGCAUACAUUCUGUGUCUCUUUCAAUCAAAUAGAACCUCAGCGAGGCGACCCUUCGCUUCCUCUGGAUCCCAAUCAACCAGCUUACGGUCUUUUGUCUCCUCCAUUUUUCGAUCCACGAAGACGUCCAUGGCAGCUUUCUCCACAUCGCUCAGGAGAUACAGCCUUGUCUUCCAUAACUCAUCCUUUGAGAUGUCACUCGGUCUCACUCCAAAGAACUUCUCAUCCAAGAACUUCCAAUAGAGAGCGUCAAAAGCCCAACUCUUUCUCGCCGCGUAACUGAGCCAGAACCUACCCGUUUCCCAGCUCUCGCGCAUGUAUUUCGACAGUGGGACUUCCAAGGAUCUCUUAGUUGAGUCCACAGUAGCUUCAGCCUCGGCCCUCUGCACAGCUGAUAGCCAAAUUCUCAUCCGUGGUUCGUAGAAUUGGACCCAGUCGUCGAUACCUUUGUCCCACAUCUCAGGCGCAUCAAGGACCAGCCACCACGGCGGGUCAAGGGAGAAUUGACUAGGCGCAGCAUACGUGAACUCCCAGUCAAUGAUAGCAGCGAUGUUAUCAUUUUUAUCAAGAAGGAUGUUACCCGCUCGUAGGUCAUCGCAAUAGAGUCGAAAAGAGUCUGUGUUAGGAGGCUCGGGCGACACAAUCGAGCUGUUGGUCUUGGACUGUGCUGACCAGUGGUCCUCUCUGAAACCGAAACUUGAGAGUUUGCCCUCCCGUGCAAGCUUACGAAAGAUCUGGCGCGCAACGUAUUUGUUUCUGCAGUCAUUUUCUGAGGAGACAAGGUCAUUGUGUUGAAAGACAAGCUGAGCCAGAUGCAAAUUGGCGAGCUCGGUGUAAUAUUCGUCAGCAGUACCAAACGUCUUAUCCUUCGGCGGUAGAAUCGAGGGUGGGAUGCCAGCCAGUUGAAGCAUAUCGUUCAUGUCACGGGUAAUUGGCCGAGUAGCCACAGUAUAGGAACCCGCCUUGGUCUCGACCAAAGAUCCUACGCGACAAAAGGUAUGCUGAGAGAGCUCCAGUAAACAGUUUGCGACUUUUUUGUACAGGUCCUCAAGAAAGUCUUCCGAAAUAUUAGGGUCCAGAAUAAAGGUUUGGUCGGUGUCGUGGUUGGUGGCGUUGAGUGCAGUGGACAUGGAGUGCUGGUGUUGAACAUGCUUGAUGAUCAUAUAUUGACCUAGUCCUGAGCUUUUGCCGUGAAAGAGUACUGAGGCUACUGGUAUUUGAGUAUGCUUUUCGAUAUAGCUGGCAGUCGCAGCCUCAAUCAAGGUCUUUUCUUCUGGGAACUGAGCAUAGCAGGGAAUGGGCCUCCGUACGAUGACAUCGGAGGCGUAGGAUUCAACCUGCAGUCUGUAAACUAUAUUGAAGCCGCCAAUAUUCAUUGGCGAGACCCAGGUCGAAGGACAACCAAACUUUUCUGAUGCCAAUGCCUCAACAAGGUGGAUGGUGGAUCUCUGGCGCAAUUCUGGUUGAACCCUUUCCCAUUCCUCGUCAUUUUGGUCCCAGAUCAAGUUGUCGAAGUCUUCCCCAGUAUCUUCCAUGACUGGAUUUUACCCUCAAAAAUAAAACGUGGUUUGGAAGCGAAAAUGGAGGGAAGGACUGGUAAAAAUGACUCUGGGGAGCUGCUGGAGUCCUAGAUCCGAUAUUAGGUGGUCUCAUAUGCUCGCCCUGUCUGAUCCGCUGAUGUUCACGCAAACCGGCGGGGAAAGCUGGAGGCGGGCGGUAAAUGAUGCGCGUUCUUGCUCGGGCCUGAUUCGGAUGUACCCACGGCAGCUUGAAGUGUGUGAUGAAUCGUCUUUCACAGCCUACUUGUGCUGUUGUUCCACAAAUAGGAAUAUGGAGG